AUGCACCCGCCUGUGUCUGUGGUGAGACAGCCACCUAUAUAUUCUGCGGACCGGUCUGGCCAUGGCCCUUCUAUGAACCAUACUUCCACAGUCGUACAGUCGCCUGUGCUCUCUACCCACAGCUCCACCUACGACCCUUCUACGGGCGAUUUCUCCACGGUUAGUCAACCCGGUGCACUCUCUACGUGCUCUCCUGAAUACGACAUUUCUGGGAGCCAUGGUUCCACGAUCGGGCAGCCGUCUGCUCAUUCUGCGGACUGGUCUUAUUACAACCCUUCGUUGAGCAAUGUAUUUGCAUCUCUUGAGCCCAACUGGACUAUGCAUACUACUCCAUAUCCUGCCACCGUAGACAACUUGUACCAAAGCAACACGCAGUCUUCCUCGACCAGGCCGCCUAUAACCACCGAGGUUGGGACCGAAGACUAUGUCAGUCCCGGUCAAACCACAACCCGAAUCCAGUCCUCGGCAUCAAUUCUAUCUCCACAACAGAGUUCUGUACCAAGGGGGAAAUACACUGAGAUUGCUGAUGUGGGGCCAACUCUUGCUCACGGUGAAUCCCAGGAACGAGGGUGA